AAAUAAAAUCGAGGGCACAAAUAGAAUGGUCGACUUGGUAUGAGUAUAAACAUAUCCCUGUCUGCGCCUCUCUGAAAACCAUUAGUCAGUCGUCACCAAACAUGAGUAACGGGCCCGGACUUUUCUCCGACAUCGGCAAGAAAGCCAAAGAUGUUUUAACAAGGGAUUAUAUCUCUGAUCAGAAGUUCUCAGUCUCCGCUGCCAGUGAUACUGGUGUGGUACUUACAUCUACUGCAGUGAAGAAAGGAGGACUAUCAGCCGGUGAUGUUGCAGCACAGUAUAAAUACAAGAACACUCUUGUUGAUGUUAAGCUUGAUACAGAGUCAAAUAUUGCAACAACUUUAACUAUCAGCGAGAUUGUUCCUUCAACGAAAACCAUCAUCGGAUUUAAAUUGCCUGAUUACAACUCUGGGAAGCUAGAGGUUCAAUACUUUCAUCGUCAUGCAACCUUCACUUCAGCUGUUUCUUCAAACAAGGAAAAACAUGUUGUCGAUCUUUCAGCUACGCUUGGCACUCCUACAUUUGCCUUUGGAGCAGAGGCGGGUUAUGAGUCUGCUCUAGGAAAAUUAACAAAAUAUACUGCUGGCAUAAGUGUUACCAGACCAGAUUCAUGUGCCUCUGUACUUUUAGGUGACAAAGGGGACUCUAUAAAGGCAUCUUAUGUGCAUCAUUUGGACGAAAUAAAGAGAAGUGCAGCUGUUGCGGAGAUCAGUCGAAAGUUUUCAACAAAUGAGAAUACAUUUACUGUUGGUGGGGUGUAUGCUGUUGAUCAUCUAACAGUGCUAAAAGCAAAGCUCAACAAUCAUGGGAAAUUAUUUGCCCUUUUGCAGCACGAGGUCAUACCAAAAUCACUGCUAACUAUUGCUAGUGAGUUUGAUACCAAGGCAUUGGACAUAACACCAAAAAUAGGCUUGUCCCUUGCCCUAAAGCCUUGAUACAGUUUGGCCAGUCAUUUAGGAUACCAUAUCGUUCAUAUAUACUUUUAAGCAUGCAAUAAGUAGUUUAGAAUUUCAAGUACUUUUUUUUAGGUUUCUGCUUAGUGCUGAUUUGAUUUGAUACUUGGCUGUAUCGACACUUUUUUUUGGGUGGUAUAUCUUGAUUUCUUUCCUGUUGA